ACGGAGCUGCAGAUCUCUCUUCUCUCCCGCUUUCUGCUCGCUGUCCGAUCCGUGCGCUGCGCUCCGCCAUGGAGCCGACCCCCGACGCCGAGGAGGCGCACACGGUGCGCGAGGCGCUGGGCCGCUACGAGGCGGCGCUGGAGGGUGCGGUGCGUGCACUGCACGAGGACAUGCAAGGGCUGCAGCGCGGCGUGGAGCGGCGCGUGGCAGAGGCGCUGCGCCUGGCCGGCCCCUUGGCUCGCACUGUGGCCGAGUUGCAGCGGGACAACCAGCGGCUGCAGGCGCAGCUCGAACGCUUGACGCGCCAGGUGGAGGCGCUGGGCUUGGCGACUGGUGUGUCCCCUGCACCCGGCACGCCCAGUCCCCCUCCUGCGGCCACAGUUACAGACCGCGCCCCGCGACUGGGCACCGCACGCUUCUCCAGUCAUGCCACUUUCUCGCUGUCCGGUCGAAGCCCGAGCGUGGAACACGAUGAAACCGGUGACCUCGAGGUGACACGAACUUCAAACUCAUGCAUCAUGGAGAAUGGACAUCAGCUGGAUGCAGGUCCAGCCAACGGAUCCUCUGAGGUCCAAACCUCAUCAGCUCAGGAGUCCCCUAGGCCACGCCCUGUGAGCCUCUCCUUGCGACUGCCCCACCAGCCUGUUACAGCUGUCACCCGAGUCUCAGAGAAAUUCUCUGGAGAGACCUCAGCUUCAGCUCUGUCACCCACAUCUGCUGCCAUUGUGGGGAGCUUCACCCCAAGCCCUAGUGAGGCCAUCAGCCCUUGGACUCCUAGUCCCAUUGAGAAAAGUUCCUCUUUCACACGCUCUUUGUCUGGCUCUGGCUAUGGAGCAGCGAUGGCUGGCAAACGCAAGGACAGCCCUCCGCUGGUGACCCCACCGCAGUCACCCCCAUCCUCGCAGCCUCCAGCUGUGACUCAGGCCCCUCGCCAGGGAGAACGACGCAGGGAAUUGGUGAGGUCGCAGACACUGCCUCGCACUUCAGGGGCCCAGGCUCGGAAGGCGCUGUUUGAGAAGUGGGAGCAGGAUACAGCAAGCAAGGGCAAAGGUGAGACCAGGGCCAAACUAAAGAGGUCACAGAGUUUCGGUGUGGCCAGUGCCAGCAGCAUCAAGCAGAUCCUGCUCGAGUGGUGCCGCAGCAAGACCGUGGGCUAUCAGCAUGUGGACCUGCAGAAUUUCUCCUCCAGCUGGAGUGAUGGAAUGGCCUUCUGUGCCCUGGUGCACUCCUUCUUCCCAGAUGCCUUUGACUACAAUGCCCUGAGUCCCACACAAAGGCAGAAGAACUUUGAACUGGCCUUCACCAUGGCUGAGAAUCUGGCCAACUGUGAGCGCCUCAUUGAAGUGGAGGAUAUGAUGGUGAUGGGCCGCAAGCCGGACCCCAUGUGUGUCUUCACCUACGUGCAGUCGCUCUACAACCACCUGCGUCGCUUCGAGUAAAGCCGGCGGCCUGGAGUGGCCGGGAAGAGACUCUGAGGUCCCUCAAGUUCCCCCACAGCAGCAUGACCCACAGGAGGGGAGCUGCCUCUGUGGUGUGAGCUGCUAUUUGUUCUCCGGUGUGUGGCCAUGUACCCCUCACACUCUGUUACUGAUUAAAAGUAUUGAUGAGGCUAAGCUGAGCCCCACAGCCCCUCCACAGGCUGGAAGGAGAAGGAAAAACUCAAGAGUCAAAGAAAUUGGUGCUAAGUAAUGAUCUUCCUAUGGGGAGUGCUCAUGGCUUCCCCUCUGGUGAAAUUGAUAUAUUGGCUUGACAGGGUUCCACUGAUUAUCAAGUUUUCUUUCUUUCAUUUUUUUUUCUAUCAAAGUACCCAGAGGUUUUUUGUUUUUGUUUUUGUUUUUUUUAACUUCCUCACACUCUCCUUGGUCCCUUGCUCCUCUCCCUCAGGGCCAUUGCCAGGAAACAGAUGCUAGUUCUUGGGAUGAAACAGUUUAGUCUGCCCCAGGUCCUAUCUUCCUAUCAUCUCCUCUCUGUGGGGAGGUGGCAAGGUUUCUACCUAGACCCCUAGGGGCUUCUGGUACUCACAGGAGACCGCACAAGUGUUCAGUUAAGGAUACCUGGGUAGUACCAGGGAGGAAGGAUCGGUCCUUGGGGAUGAGAGAGUUCCCAUUUGCUCCAGGUAUUUAUAAAAAAGGAUUGCGUCUGUACCACUGACCUGUUUGUGCACGAAAGAUCUGUCACUCUUCGCUUGGGUUUGUCAUUUGUUUGGGGGACGGGAGGAGGGUUGGGCAGUAAGAGACCGAAUAGAUUUAAACAGAGAUCUACUGAAAUCAUACCUUGUUUAUGUAUUUAAAACCACUCGCCUGGGAGGCUGAAAACGACAUUUGCUGUCUCCCAAUGUGCUUGUCCCUCAACCCUCUUAUGUCGUUGAAGGAUUGUGAACAGGAAAUUCACCCCCUGCCGAUCUAUCCCUUAGAUAUUGGCAAAUAUAUUAUGAUAAAAAG